GACAUUUGAGACAGCCGAGUUUUGAACAGUCCAUAAACAAAAUCUAAUAAAAUAAAUGAACACUUAUUCAACAAUUUGUAGUGAUAGAAAAAUUUCUAGUGAUGGCCACCUUACCGCAAACACGUCAUUGUUGCAUUCAAUCAUGCGUUAACUUCAAAGGCACAACAAGUGACAAGUUUCACUUUUUCAAGCCUUCGAUGGAACGACACAUUCUAGAUAAGUGGAAAGAAGCGAUAAGCCAUCAUCAAGAGGUCAAAAAUAUAACAUUCGUAUGCAAUUUACACUUCGAACGCGAAUCAAUGAUUGAAAUGGACGGACAUCUGUUCCUAAAACAUGGAUCAAUACCAAGCAUUUUCGGCAUUAAUCCACCAACCGAUUCCAGAGAAAUCGAAAAUGAAGAGAUGGCUGUGAAAAUGGAGCCGAUUAGUACUGAGACCCCAAAUACAGUUCAAUUAGUCAACAUCAAUCGAAUAAUACAGAAUACAUCAACGUUUUGUGAUGCACCAACAGAGAUAGAUGAACAGAUCGACAAUGUAGACUCAGUUGAAUGCAAUGGUUGUUACAGACGCAAUGACAAAAUUCAAUGUUUGUUGGCGAACAUUGAGAAACUGAAGAAGUCACAAGAACAAAAGAGAAAGCUGAUUUGUUACUGGAAAUCUCUCGCCGUGUAUUAUAAACGCGGAAACAGAGAGCCGAUUGUGGUUAGAGUUAACAAAUUGAAAGAGAAAUUUAAAAUAACCCAAACUAAACCCAGGAAGCGGGUCAAACCAGUCAGUAUUUCUAACAAAAUUCUCGCCACGGAAUUGAUCAAAGUUGAAGGAAAGCCGACGGGACCAAAGGACGAUGAAACGAACACACUAUUCGAGCCAGAAACAACCACAAUAGAACUAAAUGAAGACGAAAAAGUUGAACAUGAUGAUAAAGUUGAACCAGUUGAAGAAGUUGAAGAAGUUGAACAGGUUGAUAUCACAUUGAAAAAGUCGGAUGCCGAAAUACUGAAUUCCCUCCUCAAACCAUACAAAUGUGGGAAAUGUGACGAAACUUUUGAAAAACCCACUGAACUGUCACGUCACCUGAACACACACAGAGAACGCAUACCGCCUAAGCCGACUAUCAAGAAAACCUACGAAUGUUACAUUUGCAAAAGAGAAUUCAAAUUGUCGUGUAGCAUUCAAAGACAUAUGAAAGUGCACAUCGAAAGUAACGAAAAGUGUGAUGUUUGCCGAUCUGAGGUGACAGCUGAUCAACAUCUUUGCAUCGAAGAGGAGAACAUUUCUUGUGAAUAUUGUCCUCAGACAUUUGUUUCAACCAAAAACCUGUUGGAGCAUUUGGAGAGUGCGCAUAGCGAGAAAAAGUUACACAAGUGCCUCAAAUGCCAUCAAUAUUUCCGGAUGAUGUUUUUGAAAAUUAUACACGAACGAAACCAUGAUAUCAUCACCAAACCAUUCCAUUGUGAGGUGUGUCCGAAAUCAUUCUCAAUUCGAGAUUCGCUUAUGAAUCACCGGCAAAGGGAACAUGCAAAUCAAGAAGAACCCAAAAAACACAGUCAUUUGUGCGAUCAAUGUGGCAAAAAAUUUGUUAGACAAUCCCAAUUAAAGAAUCACUUGCUCUGGCAUUCAGAGCCCACAAUCAAAUGCCCUGACUGUCCGCAACUCUUUCGUACGAGAUAUACUCUGAAGAGACACAGUUACAUACAUCGUAAUGACAUAUUCGUUUGUUCAAUUUGUGGAGUAGAGCUAUCAUCACCGUAUGGCAUGAAAGAUCACAUGAGAUAUAUACAUGGUCCAAUGAAAAGUUUAUUCAAAUGCAAAAUCUGUGCAAAGCUGUUCAAGUAUAAAUACGAUCUUCAGAAACACGUCAAUGCACAUGCAACAGGCAAAGGUUUUCAGUGUACAUUUUGCACAAAUUCAUACAAGUACAGAGGUGAUUUGAACAAGCAUCUGAGAAUUCAUCUUGGAGGAAAAAUUUAUGAGUGUAAAGAGUGUAAUGAACGUUUUAGAUUGCCCUUGGAACUGCAGAAACAUUCCUUUGAGCAUUACAAAGAGCAACAGAUGACCGCCAACAUUACAACAGAGGAAUAACGAACAAUUUCGAUUCAACUGAUUUUUCUUCCGAAAUUUUAAAAACAAAUCGAUGCAAUCACUUUGCGACAUUUUUAAACCGAUGACUAAUAAAAAAAAACUUAAUUAUAAGUUAACUUAAUUAUAAUCCACA